AUAAAAUUUCUUGAGUCCCUCAUUACAGUGGUGUCCAUAAGAAGGGUCUCCAUGGAUCCAGUUGUGGUCUUGUUGCUCAGUCUGUUCUUUCUGCUUUUCCUGUCUCUAUGGAGACUGAGCUCUGGGAGAGGGAAACUCCCUCCUGGCCCAACUCCUCUCCCAAUUAUUGGAAAUUUCUUUCAGGUUGAUAUGAAGGACAUUCGGCAAUCCUUAACCAAUUUUUCUAAAACCUAUGGACCUGUGUAUACUCUGUAUGUUGGCUCACAGCCUACUGUGGUAUUGCAUGGCUAUGAGGCAUUGAAAGAAGCUCUUGUUGAUCAUGGGGAAGAAUUCUCUGGAAGAGGAAGGUUACCAAUUUGUGAAAAGGUUGCUAAAGGACAGGGCAUUGCUUUUAGCCAUGGAAAUGUAUGGAAAGCCACAAGGCAUUUCACAGUCAAAACCCUGAGGAAUUUGGGCAUGGGAAAAGGGACCAUUGAAGACAAAGUGCAAGAGGAAGCAAAGUGGCUAGUGAAAGAACUGAAGAAAACCAAUGGCUCACCCUGUGAUCCCCAAUUCAUCAUGGGAUGUGCUCCUGGCAAUGUCAUCUGCUGCAUUAUCUUGCAGAAUCGUUUUGAUUAUGAAGAUAAGGAUUUUCUUAACUUGAUAGAAAAAGUGAAUGAGGCCGUUAAAAUUAUAAGCUCUCCUGGGAUUCAGGUUUUCAAUAUAUUUCCUAUACUUCUUGAUUAUUGUCCGGGAAAUCAUAACAUAUAUUUAAAAAAUUAUACAUGGGUUAAGAGUUACCUUUUGGAGAAAAUAAAAGAACAUGAAGAAUCGUUGGAUGUUUCAAAUCCUCGGGACUUCAUUGAUUAUUUUCUAAUUGAAAGAAAUCAGGCACUCAGCGCUAUGAGUUUUCCUCCUAACACAGCUUUCAUUGUGUCCCAUAAGUUUGGGUAUGUUGUACCUUUAUUUUCAUUAAAUUCUAAGAAGUCUUCAAUUUCUUUCUCAUUUCUUCCUUUACCAGUUUACAUUGAGUAGUGCAUUGUUCAAUUUCCACGUAUAUGUGGGCAUUCUUCCCUUAUUGUUAUUGAAGACCAGCUUUAGGCCGUGGUGGUCUGAUAGCAUGCAUGGGAUUAUUUCUAUCUUUCUGUACCUGUUGAGGCCCGUUUUUUGACCAAGUAUAUGGUCACUUUUGGAGAAAGUACCAUGAGGAGCUGAGAAGAAGGAUAGAAUGUUCUAUAAAUAUCUGUUAAGUCCAUUUGGCUCAUGACUUCUAUUAGUCUGUCUACAUCUCUGUUUAAUUUCUCUUUCCAUGAUGUGUCCAUUGAUGAGAGUGGGAUGUUGAAAUCUCCUAAUAUUAUCGUGUGAGGUACAAUGUGUGUUUUGAGCAUUAGUAAGGUUUCUUUUAUGUAUGUAGGUGCCCUUGUAUUUGGGGCAUAGAUAUUUAGGACUGAGAGUUCAUCUUGGUGGAUUUUUCCUUUGAUGAAUAUGACGUGUCCUUCCUUAUCUUUUUUGAUGACUUUUAGUUGAAAAUUGAUUUUAUUUGAUAUUCGAAUGGCUACUCCAGCUUGCUUCUUCCGACCAUUUGCUUGGAAAUUUGUUUUCCAGCCUUUCACUCUGAGGUAGUGUCUGUCUUUGUCUCUGAGAUGUGUUUCCUUUAGGCAGCAGAAAGCAGGGUCCUCCUUGCGUGUCCAGUUUGUUAAUCUAUGUCUUUUUAUUGGGGAAUUGAGACCAUUGAUGUUGAGAGAUAUUAAGGAAUAAUGAUUAUUGCUUCCUGUUAUAUUCAUAUUUGGAUAUGAGAUUAUGUUUGUGUGCUUUUCUUCUCUUUGUUUUGUUGCCAAGACGAUUAGUUUCUUGCUUCUUCUAGGGUGUAGCUUGCCUCCUUAUGUUGGGUUUUACCAUUUAUUAUCCUUUGUAGCGCUGGAUUUGUAGAAAGAUAUUGUGUAAAUUUGGUUUUGUCAUGGAAUAUCUUGGUUUCUUCAUCUAUGUUUAUCGAGAAUUUUGCAGGAUACAGUAACCUGGGCUGUCAUUUGUGUCUCUUAGGGUCUGUAUGACAUCUGUCCAGGAUCUCCUGGCUUUCAUAGUCUCUGGCAAAAAGUCUGGUGUGAUUCUGAUAGGUCUGCCUUUAUAUGUUACUUGACUUUUUUCCCUUACUGCUUUUAAUAUUCUUUCUUUAUUUUGUGCAUUUGGUGUUUUGACUAUUAUGUGACAGGAGGAGUUUCUUUUCUGGUCCAAUCUAUGUGGAGUUCUGUAGGCUUCUUGUAUGGUUAUGGGUAUCUCUUUCUUUAGGUUAGGGAAGUUUUCUUCUAUGAUUUUGUUGAAGAUAUUUACUGGUCCUUUGAGCUGGGAGUCUUCACUCUCUUCUAUACCUAUUAUCCUUAGGUUUGAUCUUCUCAUUGAAUCCUGGAUUUCCUGUAUGUUUUGGACCAGUAGCUUUUUCUGCUUUACAUUAUCUUUGACAGUUGAGUCAAUGAUUUCUACGGAUUCUUCUGCUCCUGAGCUUCUCUCUUCUAUCUCUUGUAUUCUGUUGGUGAUGCUUGUAUCUACGGCUCCUUUUCUAUUCCUUUGGUUUUCUAUAUCCAGGGUUGUUUCCCUGUGUUCUUUCUUGAUUGCUUCUAUUUCCAUUUUUAAUUCCUUCAACUGUUUGAUUGUGUUUUCCUGGAAUUCUUUCAGGGAAUUUUUGUGAUUCCUCUCUAUAGACUUCUACUUGUUUAUUUAUGUUUUCCUGUGUUUCUCUAAGGGGGUUCUUCCCGUCUUUCUUGAAGUCCUCCAGCACCAAGAUGAAAUAUGAUUUUGAAACUAGAUCUUGCUUUUCUGGUGUGUUUGGAUAUUCCGUGUUUGCUUUGUUGGGAGAAUUGGCCUCUGAUGAUGCCAUGUAGUCUUGGUUUCUGUUGCUUGGAUUCCUGUGCUUGCCUCUCGACAUCAAAUUAUCUCUAGUGUUACUUUGUUCUUCUAUUUCUGACAGUGGCUAGACUCUCCUAUAAGCCCGUGUGUUAGGGUUUCUCUUUUCCUGUUUUCUUUCACCCAGUUAUGGGAACAGAGUGUUUUGCUUCCGGGCCUGUAGUUUUUUUUAUCUACAGGUCUUCAGCUGUUCCUGUGGGCCUGUGUCCUGAGUUCACUAGGCAGGUUGCCUGGAGUAGCAAGGUUUGUCUUACCUGUGGUCCCAAGGCUCAAGUUUUUUCGUGGGUUGUUGCUUAUGAGCUCUCCGUGGCGGCAGCAACCAGGAAGAUCUGCGCCGCCCUUUCCGGGAGCUUCCGUGCACCAGGGUUACAGAUGGCGUUUGGUGUUUUCCUCUGGAAUCAGUAAUGUGGGCAGAGUGUAGUCUUUUCUGGUUUCCCAGGCGUGUCUGCCUCUCUGAAGGUUUAGCUCUCCCUCCCACGGGAUUUGGGUGCAGAGAACUGUUUAUCUGGUCGGUCCCUUCAGGUUCCAGCAGUGUCUCAGAUGCAGGGGACCUGCUGCUGCUGUGCCCUUAUCCAAGGGAACCCAGAGGCAGUAUACAGUUUCCUCUUGGGCCAGGGAUGUGGGCAGGGGUGGGCAGUGUUGGUGGUCUCUUCCACUCUGUAGUCUCAGGAGUGCCCACCUAUCCAGGCAGUGAGGUCUCUCUCCCACGGGGUUUGGGAGGAGCGAGCUGCUGCGGACAGGGAACCGAGGGUUUGGACGUCUUUUUUUUUAAAAGUCCUUUUACUCUGAGAUAGUGCCUGUCUUUGUUAUUGAGAUGUUUUUCCCACAUGCAGCAAAACGCUGGACAUUGUUUGCUUAUCCAAUUUGUUAGCUUACGUCUUUUUAUAUGUGAGAUGAGUCCAUUAAUAUUGAGAGAUAUCAAGGACAGAGAACUGUUGGUUCCUGUUUUAUUUGUUUAUGUAGGUGGCUUUAUGUAUUUGUAGUUCUUUCCUUUUGGCUUUGUUGUGAGAUGAUUAAUAUCUUGUCUUUCCCUCUGUAUAGGUACCUUCCUUGUGUUGUACUUUUCCUUCUACUGUCCUCUGUAGGGCUAGAUUGGUAGGUUGAUACUGUUUGACUUUGGUAUUGGUCUGGAAUAUUUUGGUUUCUCCAUUUAUGUUGCUUGAGAGUUUUGCUGGGUAUUGUUUCUUGGGCUGGCAUUUGUGUUCUCUUAGAGUCUGCAUGACCUCUGUCCAGGCUCUACUGGCUCUUAGUGUCUCUGUUGAGAAAUAUAAUUAAAGGGCCUUUCUGCUGGGACAGACAGCUAGCUAGUCUGAUUCCUGGAAGACAAUAUCCUAAGGCAUCCCAGAAGAUCCAAUGCACUCAGAGCAUUUGGUAUAAAUUUUCUCAAAGUCUCACAGCUGCCACUGGGAUCCCAAUGGUCUCAGGGACUCAUCAUACCACAUAACCCUUGACCUUCGAAUACAACUCCUUUUACACUUGGUUCUUUCUGCUAGCAGAUUGGUUGGUAGUCUGAUCCCUGCAAGAUAUCAUAUCUGGAGAUAUCCCAGAAGAUCUGUUGCACUUGAGGUAUUUGAUAUAGCAUUUCAGGCAUCCUAGGAAAUCUGCUGCACUCGGGGAACCUGACACCAGAGCAUUAGACAUCUCAUGAGAUCCACUGCACUCAGGAAACCACAGCUUGAAGGCAUACCAGGAUUUGUCAUUACUGCUUUUAAUAUUCUUUGUUUUGUGCUUUUGAUCUUUUGAUUAUUAUGUGACAAGAGGAAUGUUUUCUUUUUCUUCUUUUUAUUGAAUUUUUUAUUUACAUUUCAAAUGUUAUUCCCUUCCAGAAACCUCUAUCCCAUUCACUCACCCUGCUUAUUUGAGAGUGCUCCCCCAUCAAUCCACCCACUCCCUGCUGUCUCCCUGCCAUGACAUUCCCCUAUACUGGGCCACAGGGCCUUCCCACUUACAAGGGUCUCCCCUCCCAUUGAUGCCAGACAAGGCCCAUUCUCUGUUAUAUAUGUGGCUGGAACUUUGGGUCCCUCCAUGUUUCUUCUAUUGUUGGUGGUUUAGUCUUUGGGAGUUCUAGAUGUCUGGUUGCUGAAUAUUGUUCUUCCCUUGGGGUUGAAAAUACCUUCAGCUCCUAUAGUCCUUUCUUUAACUCCUCCAUCUGAGUCUGUCUACCUCACAUAUCUGCAGUUAGAUUUUUGCCUUUUAAAAUAUCUCCCAGAAAAACUGAGAAUCCAGUUUUUCUUUCUUGCACUAUUCAUUUUAGAAAUAAGUAUCAAUUAGAGUGAUAAUUGCAACAUGGCACUUGAAGGGAAUUUGGAAUGCUGUCAUUUCUACUAUUCUCAAGUUUUUUUGAUAUAUUUAUUUCAACAUAGUAUGUCAAGUAAGUUAUCAAUUCUUUCAAUUUGAAACUAAGUGGAAUUCAAUGAUAGAUAAUUAGAUUUAAAUUCCUAAAAUAUUUAAUGUUAUUUAUUUUUUAAUUUGUAGGCUGAAAUUUUUACUAUAAUAUUUAAUAAUUAUGAUUUAUUUAGCUUGACGUUUUGUGAAUUUUUUUUCUGUUUUGGGAAUGAAGGUUCCAGGCCUUAAUGUACAUGGUAACUUAAGCUUUUAUGGACAGUCUCAGCCAGUACUUUCCUUCAGCAUUAAUUACAAUAGUGAAUUUUGGAUUCGGUCAUUAGUAUAAAUAAUAAUUCUCUCAAAGUUGAUGAAAAUAUUGACUAUAAUAAUGAGAUUAGUGAUUGAUGAAAUGUAAGCAAGGAAGUCAUGAAAUAAACAGGCAGCAAUUAAUAAAGUAUUUCUGUAUUGUUUUACUCACCUAAAUAUCACCAAUCCAUCAAGGGAUAAAGCCAGAACAAUACUGAUUUAUUUUGGAAGUUUAAUAUUCAAAUACAGCAAUUUUGAAACUUUGUGAUCAUAAAGUUUUGUUUACCAAGAUAAAAGGUAGUGUUUGUGAAUGUAUUUUGGAUCUUACUAAUUCGUUACUGGGGUUAAUACUUUGUAACUAUUCAGUCAUAUAAUGCAUGCAGCUCCAUAUGUACCCUUGCUCUGAUUGCCCAAUUAUUGUCAGUAGGCUUUCUUUUCCCUUCUUUUUUCUUUUUCUUUUUUUUUAGAUCCAGUUGAUAGAUAUAAUUGCCCACCUAAACAUGCAGAGCCAUCCAUCCCUUAAGAACAUUAAUAACAACCUGUAAAUACACAGAGUGGAAUCUUAACAUCACCUGCCAUGGCUUCUCUCCCUCUCCCUCCUGUCUCUUCUUCUUUCUGUUCUAGUCUCCUCCUCUUCCUUCAAACUUUUCUCCUGACCAUCUUUCCUUCUUGUCCAAUGACAGGCUUCAUUCUAUCUUGUACCUGCCUCACCUCUGACAUCAUCCCACAUUUCACCCUUUUUGUCCAAUAAAAAAAGUUUUUCUCAAAUAUAAGUUGAGCACAACUAUUAUUAUUUUGUAAUUAAAAGCAUAAACUAUAACUAACACCCAGUCCAACACUUUCAGUUAAGCAGUACAUUUAGUUAUCCAUUCCAGCUUAAGAAAGGCUUAAUUAAAACCUAUGUUAUAUAUCUUGGCUAGCUUGUAUACUAUCUGAUAACUUUCCAAUAAAAUAUGUAUUUCUAGAGUUAGUCUGAUAGACUAUGAGGUUAUAAUCAGUCUUCAACCCUGUCAGAAAUCUGAGAAUGACCAAAUAUCUAUACACAUAGGAAGCCUAACAUGGCCUCCAGAACUGAGAGGUUGUAGAGACAAAUCUCCUCUAGCAUAGUCCCCUGUUAGCAACAUGUGAGCGCAAGUCUUCAGUCUUCUGGCCCAAAAUCAACUGACAAACUCUUGAAAUACAGAUUUUGAAGGGCUGAUCACCCUGUCUUGGCAGAGCUUAUCACUCAACAAUUCUGCAUAAUUUGUCCUUUUCUGGACAGUAUUAAUCUGCAGAAGAAACAGGCAGCUUUGUCCAGUGGCUGCCUAGCCACAAAGUAUUGCCUCACCUGGAGGUAGAGAUGUUUAAAUUCUUCAUUAAAUCCACCAAUGGUUCCCCUUUGUUAGGAGCAGAUAUGUCUCAACAAAAGAUAAAUAACUUUAAAUCUCAAAUUUUGUGGAUUUAUGAUGUUUUUGAAAACCAUCUAUUUAUAUAAAGUAAUCUGUACUAUUGUCUCCAUAUCCUAAAUAUUAUCUUGAAAAUAUUCUCACAAACUCAGAGCCAUGCAUUUGUUAUUUGGCUCUUAACUCACAGGUGUAAUCAACUCAGAAAUUUGUAGUGACAUCCAUAGACUGACUCUAGACCUUGUACUUUUAAACUUUGUCAAAUAAAUUCCAUACCAAAGCAAAGAUAGGAUUUUAGCUUAGUUACCAAAUGAGAUUAUGACUGUACAACUCAAUCUAGCUGAUUCCUCCCUGUUAAAUUGCAACCAUUUCUAAAUUCCUCAUAAAAACAACUUUAGAAUAACCAUUUUCAGCCCUCCAAAAGUCCAGGGAAUUGGGGCAAUGACUCCUCCAUAACUUCUUCAAGCUGUACAUGGUCGUUGAGAUAUCCUUGGGGGUAGGGAGUAGGAAGAAUGAAGCAAAUGCUGUAGCCGAUGUGUCCUGACUGGACCCAGCUGAAAGUCCUUGAGACCAGGAAUCCAAGUAGGCACAUUCUGUAAAAUAAAACUCUCAAGACAAAAGUUUAGAAUUGAGAUAUCUUUUUGUUUGAUUCUCAUAAAUUACUUUUUUCAAGCGGUCUAACUCUAUCAAAUCUGAUCAGUAUGACUCUGUGAGGUUUCCAGAGCCUAAUCACACUUUUUAAAAACACAAAGACAAAAAUCUUUUCCCAAAAUACUAUGUUCCUUAGUCUGUAACCAGAUAAGCUUAUAUCUUGCACUCUUUCCCAGAGUAAUAAUAUAACCAUAAAACUCAAAGUCACACCCAUUAUGAAGAUUAAACAAUUUUUUUAAAAAAGGAAGUAAGCUAAACAAUGAACCUGUUAGGCUUUUGUACUUUAUGAUAUCAGAAAAUGUACCCAAAAUUCCCGUGGAGCCCAUGUUAAGAGAAUCCAAGCUUCCUGUUGUGGUAAAUAUCAAAAGUAAGCACAAACCCUUGCUAGCCCACAUCAAGAAGACAUAUAACCUUAAGCAGGGUAAUUUAUAAAACAAACCAAAUACCUUCUAUCAAUUACAAUAUCAAUAAGCAACAUAUCAAACCAGGAUUUUAGCCCAAAAUAUAUCCAUCUGUUAAGCUCUCUACCCGGAGCCACAGAUUUUUAAUUAGCCUUAAUAACUUGUAAAUAUCACAAUACUCUACUUGGAGUCAGUGACUGAUUUUUUCCUAUCUAAGUUCUGAACCAUGGAUGAAAAUCCCUAUGUGAUUCAGGUAAUCACUGUUCUCUCCUUAAAACAAGCUAAACACCUUCUAUCAAUUAUAAUACCAAUAAGCAACUUAAAACUCAGGGCUUUAGCCCAAAAUAUAUGAAUCGGCUAAGCUCUCUACCCGGAGCCACAGAUUUUUUUUAUUUAACCUUAAUAACUUUUACAAUAUAUGUCUGCAUUCACUGCGCCUGGUGUUACAGACAUUUAUCACAACUUUCUACUUGGAGUUAGUGACUAAUUUCUCCUUAUCUAAGCUCUGAACCAUGGGUGAAAAUCUUCACCUGAUUUAGGCAAUCCUUUUACUCUCUUCUUUCUAAAAAGAAAUUACAUCACCUUUUAGUAAUUCUUGUCAUUAAGAAGUAGCUUGUCUAACUAGGAUUUCAAACCAAAAUUUCUGUGGAGCCCAUGUUAACCGGAAUAUGAGCGUCUAGAAAGACUUUCUAAAGAACUUUUUUUAAAAAGCAGCUUUUAAUCCUUUUUUCUCUCCAUUAUUAUUAAACUGGGUAUUUCUUAUAUACAUUUCUCUCUCUUUUUUUUUUUUGGUUCUUUUUUUUGGAGAUGGGGACCGAACCCAGGGCCUUGUGCUUCCUAGGCAAGCGCUCUACCACUGAGCUAAAUCCCCAACCCCGAAAUGUGUAGCCCAGGCUGGCCUUGAAAUCGCGAUCCUCCUGCCUCUGCCUCCAUCAGCAAAUCCUACCGGCGUGUGCCACCACAACUGGCUAUACAUUUCAAUUGUUAUUCCCUUUCAUGGUUUCCAGGCCAACCUGCCCCUAAACACUACUCCUACACUUCUAUAUGGGUGCUCCCCUCCCUAUCCUCCACCCAUUACUGCCCUCCCCUCAAAAAUCACGUUCACUGGUGGUUCAGUCUUGGCAGGAUCAAGGGCUUCCUCUUCCACUGGCGCUCUUACUAGGCUAUUCAUUGCUACCUAAGUUGGAGCCCAGGGUCAGUCCAUAUAUAGUCUUUGGGUACUGGCUUAGUCCCUGGAAGCUCUGGUUGGUUGGUAUCGUUGUUCAUAUGGGGUCUCAAGCCACUUCAAGUUCUUUCAAGUCCUCUCUCUGAAUCCUUCAACGGGGGUCCCAUUCUCAGGUCAGUGGUUUGCUGCUGACAUUCACCAAUGUAUUUGCGGUAUUCUGGCUGUGUCUCUCAGGACAGAUCUACAUACAGUUCCUGUCAGUCUGCACUUCUUUGCUUCAUCCAUCGUAUCUAGUUUGGUGGCUGUAUAUGUAUGGGUCACAUGUGGGGCAGGCUCUGAAUGGGCGUUCCUUCAGCCUCUGUUCUAAACUUUGCCUCCUGAUUCCAUCCCAAGGGUAUUCUUGCUCUCUUUUUAAAGUAGGAGUGAAACAUUCACACUUUGGUCAUCUUUCUUGAGUUUCAUGUGUUCUGUGCAUUUAGGGUAAUUCGAGCAUUUCGGCUAAUAGCCACUUAUCAAUGAGUGCAUAUUAUGUGUGUUUUUUCUGUGAUUGGGUUACCUCACUCAGGAUGAUAUCUUCCAGUUCCAUCCACUUGCCUAUGAAUUUCAUAAAGACAUUGUUUUUGAUAGCUGAGUAGUAUUCCAUUGUGUAGAUGUAUCAUAUUUUCUGUAUCCAUUCCUCUGUUGAAGGGCAUCUGGGUUCUUUCCAGCUUCUGGCUACUAUAAAUAAGGCUGCUAUGAACACAGUGGAGCAUGUUUCUUUUUUGUAUACUCAGGCAUAUUGGGUCUAUGCCCAAGAGAGGUAUAGCUGGGUUGUCAGGUUGUUCAAUGUCCAAUUUUCUGAGGAACCUCCAGACUGAUUUCGAGAAUGGUUGUACCAGUCUGCAAUCCCACCAACAAUGGAGGAGUGUUCCUCUUUCUCCACAUCCUCGACAGCAUCUGCUAUUGUCCGAGUUUUUGAUCUUAGCCAUUAUUCUGACUGGUGUGAGGUGGAAUCACAGGGUUGUUUUGAUUUGCAUUUCCCUUACUACUAAAGAUGUUGAACAUUUCUUUAGGUGUUUCUCAGCCAUUUGGCAUUCCUCAGCUGUGAAUUCUUUGUUUAGCUCUGAACUCCAUUUUUAAUAGGGUAAUUUGCCUCCUUCCGGUCUAACUUCUUGAGUUCUUUGUAUAUUCUGGAUAUAAGCCCUCUAUCAGUUGUAGGAUUGGUAAAGACCUUUUCCCAAUCUGUUGGUUGCCGUUUUGUCCUAACAACAGUGUCCUUUGCCUUACAGAAGCACUGCAGUUUUAUGAGAUCCCAUUUGUGGAUUCAUGAUCUUAGGGCAUAAGCCAUUGGUGUUUUGUUCAGGAAAAUUUCUCCAGUGCCCAUGUGUUUGAGAUGCUUCCCUAGUUUUUCUUCUAUUAGUUUGAGUGUAUCUGGUUUGAUGUGGAGGUCCUUGAUCCACUUGGACUUAAGCUUUGUACAGGGUGAUAAGCGUGGAUCUGUAUGCAUACUGACCUGCAGUUGAACCAGCACCAUUUGCUGAAAAUACUAUCUUUUUUUCCAUUGGAUGGUUUUGGCUCCUUUGUCAAAAAUCAAGUGCCCAUAGGUGUGUGGGUUCAUUUCUGGGACUCCAAUUCUAUUCCACUUGUCUAUCUGUCUGUCUCUGUACCAAUACCGUGCAGUUUUUAUCACUAUUGCUCUGUAAUACUGCUUGAGUUCAGGGAGAGUGAUUCCCCCAGAAGUCCUUAUAUUGUUGAAGAUAGUUUUAGCUAUCCUGGGUUUUUUGUUAUUCCAGUUGAAUUUACAAAUUGUUCUGUUUAACUCUCUGAAGAAUUGGAAUUGGUAUUUUGAUGGGGAUUGCAUUGAAUCUGUAGAUCAUUUUUGGUAAAAUGUCCAUUUUUACUAUAUUAAUCCUGCCAAUCCAUGAUCAUGGGAGAUCUUUCCAUCUUCUGAGGUCUUCUUCAAUUUCUUUCUUCAGAGGCUUGAAGUUCUUAUCAUAUAGAUCUUUUACUUGCUUGGUUAAAUCACACCGAGGUAUUUUAUAUUAUUUGGGUCUAUUAUGAAGGGUGUUGUUUCCUAAUUUCUUUCUCAGCUUGUUUCUCUUUUGUGUAGAGGAAGGCUACUGAUUUAUUUGAGUUAAUUUUAUACCCAGCCACUUUGCUGAAGGUGCUUAUCAGAUUUAGUAGUUCUCUGGUGGAACUUUAGGGAUCGCUUAAAUAUACUAUCAUAUCAUCUGCAAAUUGUGAUAUUUUGAUUUCUUCUUUUCCAAUCUCUAUCCCCUUCAUCUCCUUUUUUGUCUGAUUGCCCUGGCUAGAAUUUCAAGAACUAUAUUGAGUAAGUAGGGAGAGAGUGGGCAGCCUUAUCUAGACCCUGAUUUUAGUGGGAUUGCUUCAAGUUUCUCUCCAUUUAGUUUAAUGUUAGCAACUGGUUUGCUGUAUAUUGCUUUUACUAUGUUAGGUUGUGGGCCUUGAAUUCCUGUUCUUUCCAGGAGUUUUAUCAUGAAUGAGUGUUGAAUUUUGUCAAAUGCUUUCUCAGCAUCUAAUGAAAUGAUCAUGUGGUUUUGUUCUUUCAGUUUGUUUACAUAAUGGAUUACAUUGAUUGUUUUGUGUAUAUUAAACCAUCCCUGCAUGCCUGGGAUGAAGCCUACUUGAUCAUGGUUGAUCAUUGUUUUGAUGUGGUCUUGGAUUCGGUUUGUCAGAAUUUUAUUGAGUAUUUUUGUGUCGAUAUUCAUAAGGGAAUUUGGUCUGAAGUUCUCUUUCUUUGUUGGGUCUUUUGUGGUUUAGGUAUAAGAGUAAUUGUGGCUUCAUAGAAAGAAUUUGGUAGCGCUCCAUCUGUUUCAAUUUUGUGGAAUAAUUUGAAUAGCAUUGGUAUGAGGUCUUAUAUGAAGGUCUGAUAUUAUUCUGCACUGAACCCGCCUGGAACCUGGCUCAUUUUGGUUGGGAGACCUUUAAUGACUGCUUCUAUUUCUUUAGGAGUUAUGGGGUUGUUUAAAUGGUUGAUCUGUUCCUGAGUUAACUUCGGUACCUGGUAUCUGUCUAGAAAAUUGACUAUUCCCUGCAGAUUUUCUAGUUUUUUUGAAUAUAGGCUUUUAUAGUACGAUCUGAUGAUUUUUUGAAUUUCCUCUGAAUCUAUAGUUAUGUCUCCCUUUUCAUUUCUGAUUUUGUUAAUUUGGACACACUCUCUGUGUACUCUCGUUAGACUGGCUAAGGGUUUAUCUAUCUUGUUGAUUUUCUCAAAGAACCAACUUUUGGUUCUGUUGUUUCUUUGUAUGUUCCUUUUUGGUUCUACUUGGCUGAUUUCAGCUCUGACUUUGAUUAUUUUCUGCCUUCUACUCAUCCUGGGUGUAUUUGCUUCUUCUUGUUCUAGACCUUUUAGGUGUGCUGUCAAGUUGCUUUUAUAUGCUCUCUCCUGUUUCUUUCUGCAGACACUCAGAGUUUUGAGUUUUCCUCUUAGCACAGCUUUCAUUGUGUCCCAUAAGUUUAGGUAGUUGUACUUCAUUUUCAUUAAAUUCUAAGAAGUCUUUAAUUUCUUUCUUUAUUUCUUCCUUGACAAGGUUAUCAUUGAUUAGCGCAUUGUUCAACUUCCAUGUAUAUGUGGGCAUUCUUCCCUUAUUGUUAUUGAAGACCAGCUUUUGCCCAUGGUAUUCUGAAGGGACACAUGGGAUUAUUUCUGUCUUUUUUGUCUCUGUUGAGGCCUGUCUUAUGACCAAUUAUAAGAUCAGUUUUGGAGAAAGUACCAUGAGGUGGUGAGAAGAAGGUAUGUCCUUAAGUUUUAGAAUAGAAUGUUCUAUAAAAAUAUGUUAAGUCCAUUUGGUUCAUGACUUCUCUUAGUCUGUCUAUGUCUCUGUUUAAUUCCUUUUUCCAUUAUCUGUCCAUUGAUGAGAGUGGGGUGUUGAAAUCUACUACUAUUAUCGUGUGAGGUGCAAUCUGUGCUUUGAGCUUUAGUAAGCUUUCUUUUAUGUAUGUAGUUUCCCUCGGAUUUGGAGCAUAGAUAUUUAGGAUUGAGAGUUCAUCUUGUUGGAUUUUUCCUUUAAUGAAUAUGAAGUGUCCUUCCUUAUCUGUUUUAAUGACUUUUAGUUGAAAAUCGAUUUUAUUCGAUAUUAGAAUGGGUACUGCAGCUUGCUUCUUCAGACCAAUUGCCUGUAAAGUUGUUUUCCAUUCUUUUACUCUGAGGUAGUGUCUGUCUUUAUCUCUGAGGUUUGUUUCCUGUAGGCAGCAGAAAGCAGGGUCCUCAUUUAGUAUCCAGUUUGUUAAUCUAUGUCUUUUUAUUGGAGAGUUGAGACCAUUGAUGUUGAAAGACAUUAAGGAACAGUGAUUAUUGCUUCCUGUUAUAUUCAUAUUUGGAUGUAAGAUUAUGUUUGUGUGCUUUUCUUCUCUUUGUUUUGUUGCCAAGACUAUUAGUUUCUUGCUUUUUCUAAGAUGUAGCUUGUUUCCUUAUGUUUAGCUUUACCAUUUAUUAUCCUUUGUAUCGCUGGAUUUGUAGAAAGAUAUUGUGUAAAUUUGGUUUUGUCAUGGAAUAUCUUGGUUUUUCCAUCUAUGUUAACUGAGAGUUUUGCAGGAUACAGUAACCUGGGCUGGCAUUUGUGUUCUCUUAGGGUCUGUAUGACAUCUAUCCAGGAUCUUCUGACUUUCAUAGAUCUGGUGAGAAGUCUGGUGUGAUUCUAAUAGGUCUGCCUUUAUAUGUUACUUGACCUUUUUCCCUUACCGCUUUCAAUAUUCUUUCUUUGUUUUGUGCAUUUGGUGUUUUGACUAUUAUUUGAUGGGAGGAUUUUCUAUUUUCCUCCAGUGUAUUUGGAGUUCUGUAGGCUUCUUGUAUGCUUAUGGACAUCUCUCUUUAGGUUAGGGAAGUUUUCUUCUAUGAUUUUGUUGAAGAUAUUUACUGGUCCUUUGAGCUGGGAUUCUUCACUCUCUUCUAUACCUAUUAUCCUUAGGUUUAAUCUUCUCAUUGAGUCCUGGAUUUCCUGUAUGUUUUGGACCAGUAGCUUUUUCAGUUUUACAGUUUCGUAGACAGUUGAGUCGAUGAUUUCUAUGGAAUCUUCUGCUCCUGAGAUUCUCUCAUCUCUCUCUUGUAUUCUGUUUUUGAUGCUUAUAUCUACAGCUUCUUGUCUCUUCCUUUUGUUUUCUAUAUCCAGGGUGUUUUCCCUGUGUCCUUUCUUUAUUGCUUCUAUUUCCAUUUUUAAUUCCUUCACCUGUUUGAUUGUGUUUUUCUGUAAUUCUUUCAGGGAUUUUUGUGAUUCCUCUCUAUAGGCUUCUGCUUGUUUAUUUACGCUUUCCUGCGUUUUUCUAAGUGAGUUCUUCAUGUCUUUUUUCAAAUCCUCCAUCAUUAUGAUCAAAUGUGAUUUUAAAUCUAGAUCUUGCUUUUCUGAUGUGUUUGGACAUUCAGUGUUUGCUUUGGUGGGAGAAUUGGGCUCCGAUGAUGCCAUGUAGUCUUAGUUUCUGUUGCUUUGGUUCCUGUGCUUUCCUCUUGCCAUCAGAUUGUCUCUAGUGUUACCUUGUUAUGCUAUUUCUGACAGUGGCUAGACCUUCCUAUAAGUCUGUGUGUCAGGAGUGCUGUAGACCUCUUUUUUUGGUUUCUUUCAGCCAGUUGUGGGAACAGAGUGUUCUGCUUUUGUGCGUGUAGCCUUUCCUGCCUACUGGUCUUCAGCUGUUCAUGUGGGACUAUGCCCUGAGUCCACCAGGCAGGUUGCUUCCCAUGGCUGAAGUGGCUCCUGGGGUGCUGCUUUUGAGCUCUUCGUGGAUGUGGCAACCAGGCGGGCCUGCACCACCUUUUCCCGGAGCCCCCGUGUACUGGGGUCCCAGAUAGUGUUAGGUGUUAUCCUCUGGAGUCAGAAAUGUGGGUAGAGUGUAGUCUCUUCUGGCUUCCCAGUCGUGUCUGUUCCUCUCAAAUUUUAGCUCUCCCUCCCAUGUGAUUUGUUUGUAGAGAACUGUUGAUUGAUCCCUUCAGGUCUGGGCGGUGUCUCUUCUUUGAGGCUUAAUAAGGUUUCUGUUAUGAAUUUACAUGCCUUUUCAUUUGGAGCAUAGAUGUUUGAAUUGAGAGAAAAAAAGGACACAUGUACUUCCUCCCUACUUAUUCAAUAUAUUACUCGAAAUCCUAGUCAGAACAAUCAGUCAAUGAAAGUAGGUCAAAGAGUACAAAUUGGAAAGGAAGAAGUCAAAAUAUCACUGUUUGCAGAUGAUGCGAUAGUAUACAUAAGGGACCCCAAGAGUUUCAUCAGAGAUCUACUAACCUUGAUAAACAACUUCAGGAAAGUGGCUAAAUAUAAAAACAGAUCAUCACACUUCCUCUAUUCAAAGGAUAAACAGGCUGAGAAAGAAAUUAGGGAAAUGACAACUUUCACAAUGGUUACAAAUAACAUAAAAUACUUCAGUGUGACUCUAACCAAGCAAGUGAAAGAAAUGCAUGACAAGAACUUCAAGUCUUUGUAGAUAGAAAUUGAAGAAAAUCUCAGAAGAUGGAAAGACCUCCCAUACUCAUGGAUUGGCAGGUUUAAUAUAGUAAAAAUGGCCAUUUUUCCUAAAGGAGUUUACAGACUCAAAGCAAUCCCCACCAAAAUUCCAACUCAAUUUUUUCAUAGACUUAGAAAGAGCAAUUUGCAAAUUCAUUUGGAAGAACAAAAAAACCCAGGAUAGCAAAAUCUAUCUUCAACAAUAAAAGAACUUCUGCAGUAAUCACCAUCCCUGAACUCAAGCAGUAUUACAGAGCAAUAGUGAUAAAAACUGCAUGGUGUUGGUAUAGAGAUAGGUAGAUAGAUCAGUGGAACAGAAUUGAAGAUCCAGAAAUAAACCCACACGCCUAUGGUCAUUUGAUCUUUGACAAAGGGACUAAAACCAUUCAGUGGAAAAACGAUAGCAUUUUCAACAAAUGGUGCUGGUUCAACUGGAGGUCAGCACAUAGAAGAAUUCAAAUUGAUCCAUUCUUAUUGCCCAUACAAAGUUUAAGUCCAAGUGGAUCAAGGACCUCCACAUCAAACCAGAUACACUCAAACAAAUAGAGGAAAAAGUGGGGAAGAUCCUCAAACACAUGGGCACUGGGGAAAAUUUCCUGAACAAAACACCAAUGACUUAUGCCUUGAGAUCAAGAAUGGACACGAGGGACCUCAUAAAAUUGCAAAGCCUCUGUAACGCAAAGUAUACCAUCAUUAGGACAAAAUGGCAACCAACAGAUUGGGAAAAGAUCUUUACCUAUCCUACAUUUGAUAGAGGGCUAAUAUCCAAAAUAUACAGAGAAGUUACACUCCAGAGAGCCAAGUAGCCCUAUUAAAGUAGGGUACAGAGCUAAUCUAAGAAUUUUCAGCUGAGGAAUAUCAUAUGGUUGAGAAGUACCUAUAGAAAUGUUCAACAUUUAGCCAUCAGGGAAAUGUAAAUCAAAACAACCCUGAGAUUCCUCCUCACACCAGUCAGAACAGCUAAGAACAAAAACUCAGGUGACAACAGAUGCUGGUGAAGAUGUGGAGAAAGAGGAACAUUCUUCCAUUUUUGGUGGGAUAGCAAUGUUGUACCAUGACUCUGGAAAUCAGUCUGCAGAUUUCUUAGAAAAUUGGGCAUUGUAUUACCUAAAGACCCUGUUAUAUCACUCCUGGGCAUAUACCCAAAUGAUGCUCUAACAUACAACAAGGACACAUGCUCCACUAUGUUCCUAGCAGCCUAUUUAUAGUAGCCAGAAGCUGGAAAGAACCCAGAUGCCCUUCAAGAGAGGAAUGGAUACAGAAAAUGUGGUGUAUCUACCCAAUGUUGUACUACUCAACUAUCAAAACAAUAACUUCAUAAAAUUCAUAAGCAAAUUGGUGGAACUAGGAAAUAUCCUGAGUGGGGUAACCCAAUCAUAAAGACAUACACGGUAUGCACUCAUUGAUAAGUGGAUAUUAGCUCAAACACUAGAAUUAUCCAAGAUGCAAUCCACAGACCACAUGAAACUCAAAAAGGAUGACCAAAAUGUGGAUGCUUCACUCCUUCUUAAAGGGGGCAACACAAAUAUCCAAAGGAGGGUAUGUGGAAGUAAAGUUUAGAGCAGAGACUGAAGGGAUGGACAUUCAGAGUUUGCCCCACAUGUGGCACACACACACACACAGACACACACACACACACACACACACACACACACACACACACACACACACACCCCAAAACUAGAUAA